CAUAUUUGAUGUACAACUGAUCGCAACAAUGUCAAAGUACUUCGUUGUUUUAAUUUUUCAAUUGUAUUUGACUCAACAAGCGUUCUGCCUGGAGUGUUAUACCACUGAUCCUUCCAUUUUAGUUCAAGGUACGAAUGUUACGGACAACAUACACGCGUUAAAAGACUGUAACGACUACUUUCGAGAUAUGGCCAAAAAAUCAGGACGCACUACUAUUCCUAUAAAAAUAGUACCACCAGGACUUGCUCUCACUUGUUUUACGCUAGUGACUAACACUAGAGAGAACGUGAUAGUUAAAGGAUGCUCUCCUACUACUGUACCAACGUGCAAUCAUGUAGAAACUACAGUCAAAGACAAAAUGUCUGAUAGAAACUCUCGUACAUUUAAAUGCAGCAUAUGUAACACCAAUGGAUGUAACAAAGAAAACACGGUAACAGAAUAGAAUAGAGGUUUAUUUUGAUUCCAUGUUUGCCGUGGAAUUCCCUAAAUACUCAAAUUAUUAUUAAUUAAAUCGAAGAAUAAAGUUUAAACAAAG